CGUCCAGUGUUGUUCUGGAAGGAGACAGAGAGAGACGUUGGGUUCCUCUCUCCAUGGUACAUGUGUGUGUUCAAAGAAAGUGGCGUGCGAUAUACCUCUGUUGGACAUUUCAUACUUGCAGAAAAAGCCCGGCUCUUUGGGGACAAAGAUACACUGCAGAAAAUACUAGUCGCGGACACUGCAGAAGAGCAAAAGUUAUGGGCAGGGAAUAUAAAAGGAAUAAUUGUUAAAACUUGGGAAGAACAUGCUUUGGAUAUUGCGACUCGUGCAAACAUCGCGAAAUUCUUCGUUUCAGCUCCCUUGAAGGGGCGGUUGGAGUCCUUCGGCACAAGAGAGUUUGUACUCGCAUCUCCUCAUGAUCGAUUGUUUGGAAUCGGCUUCAACGCCACCGAGGCUAUCCGUGUUGGCAAGGAACAAUGGGGUCAAAAUCUUUUUGGUCAGGCAUUACAUGCGACUCGG